GACUUAACAUGUUCUCAUAUCUAUUUGCUUAGAUUCAUUCAUAAAACAUGUUCCCUCACAAGUCAUUACCUAGCCUCGAUAAGAAAGAACAUUACGACACUUCGCCAGACCCGCACGUGAUCAACUAACUGUUCACAAUCAUCGGAGAUUCACCAUAACUUGUUCUACUUACAUCGUAAUCUUAGCCUUGUCUUUCUUCUCCCACUUGCACUUCUUUUGUUUCGUGUCGACCAAGUUUUAUUUUUCUCAACUUAUUGGUAAAUAAAAUUUAUUGGAAACUUAUAACAUACAAUGCGAUGUAAAAAAUAACAGGUCCUAAUUGAAAUGUUAAUGAAAAACAGAGGAUCUCUCGAAAAGCCCUAAAGAAACCCUACUCAGUUCGAUCCGACAGCUUCUUUCAGUGACUUGUCUCUAUUUGUUUGGGUAAUUAAGACACUCUCUCGAGUGGUGUGAUGGAGAUCGACUUGGGAGCCAACGCGUUCGGUAUAGACUUCCACCCAUCUAAAAAUCUCGUAGCUACUGGUCUCAUCGAUGGCCACUUGCAUCUAUACCGUUACGACACAGAGUCUUCACUUGUCAGGGAGCGUAAAGUUCGAGCCCAUAAGGAGUCUUGCAGAGCUGUUCGCUUCAUCGAUGAUGGCCAAAGAAUCGUCACAGCUUCAGCUGACUGCUCUAUUCUAGCUACCGAUGUGGAGACCGGUGCUAGCGUUGCACAUCUUCAGAAUGCUCACGAGGAUGCUGUUAACACUUUGAUUACUGUUACUGAUACAACGAUCGCUUCAGGGGAUGAUCAAGGCUGUGUUAAGAUUUGGGAUACGAGACAGCGCUCUUGCUCUCACGAGUUUAACGUCCACGAGGAUUACAUUUCUUGCAUGACCUUUGCAUCUGAUUCAAUGAAGCUAGUGGCUACAAGUGGAGAUGGGACACUAUCUGUAUGUAAUCUCAGAACAGGCAAAGUCCAAUCUCAGUCUGAGUUUUCUGAAGACGAACUUCUUUCUGUUGUUAUUAUGAAGAAUGGCCGUAAAGUUAUAUGUGGAACUCAAAAUGGUAUCCUCAUGUUGUAUUCAUGGGGAUUUUUCAAAGAUUGUAGUGAUCGUUUUGUUGAUCUAUCUCCAAAUUCAGUUGAUGUCCUUUUAAAGCUUGAUGAGGAUAGAGUUAUCACUGGAUCUGAUAAUGGAAUAAUCAGCCUUGUUGGGAUACUGCCCAACAGAAUCAUUCAGCCAAUUGGGUCUCACGAGUUCCCUAUCGAAGAUCUCGCUCUCUCGCAUGAUAACAAGUUUCUUGGUAGCACAGCUCAUGACAGUAUGCUCAAGUUGUGGGACUUAGAAGAAAUUAUAGAAGGUUCUAAUGGAAACGCAUCAGGAGCUGCAGGAGACAGUGACAGCGACAACGAGGAGAUGGACCUUGACAAUGACCCCAAGCCUUCAAGAGGUACCAAGAGGAAAACAAAAAGUAAACCAACUCCGGUGGACACUACAACUAGUUUCUUCGCAGACAUGUAGAUUCGUCUCUGGACAAAUGUAUCAGUUUCAUACUCAUCUUUUUUUUUAUUCUGACAGUUUUGUUAAGCUACAUUUAUAUUUUUAUCAAAGUUUUACCACUACGA